AUGGUACCUCCCACCCUGACCUUGGAGGGGGCGUCAGGCCAUGGACCAUGGGCUCCACCUGAGCACACUAAAGGUGUUUACGAGGAGUCUGCAAUUCUGCAAAGUUAUCCAAGUCAAAAUGUUUCGUUGGGAAGAGUAAUCGCAAGUAACCUGCCUCUCUCUCCCCCACACACAGGAGACAUCGAGCGGCUUCAGAGGUUCUGGAUGACAGGGACGUGUAAGCCCAUGAAGCAGCAGCGACGGGCCUCAGAGCCCCUAGCCAUCGAGCAGUUCCUCUCCGCGUACCUCCUGUUGGGGAUAGGCAUGGUCCUAGCCAUGGUGCUCCUAGCCCUCGAGCACGUCUACUUCAAGUACGUGCGCAAACACUUGGCCAAGAAGGACAGUGGAGGAUGUUGCGCGCUGGUUAGUUUGAGCAUGGGGAAGUCUCUCACCUUCCGAGGAGCGGUGUACGAAGCGACGGACAAGCUCCGCCGCCAUAGGUGUAGAGACCCGCUGUGCGACACACACAUCUGGAAGGUGAAGCACGAGCUGGACAUGGCCAGGAUGAGGAUCAAGCACUUGGAGAAGGAACUGGAGGCUAAUGGCGUCAAACCCUCGCUCAAAAAGCAGCAUCUCCAAACUGGAAGUGCUGUGAGUGCUGGUCCACUCCUUGCCUGUUGCUGGGCACCACCCUCAGAUGAUUCCACCUGGGUCCGGACCGUCAGUCUGCAGUGA